GGCGGAAGUUGAAACAUUUGAGUCAGCCAGUACCUACCGUGGUUAGAAUUAGAAUCAGAAUUUGACCUAAUGAAUUAUCGUUUGAGUUGACGACGGUGACAUCAAUCAAUCAAUCAUGGGAAGAAUAUUUGCGGUGGAGCUGGAUGGAAGAUUUUACAGUUGCAAGUCCUGCAAAACUCAUCUCGCCCUUUCCAAUGAUCUCAUCUCUCGGGGAUUUUAUUGUCAUAGGGGAAAAGCAUACCUCUUCAAUAAUGUCGUGAACUUCACUUGUGGAGAAGUGGUGGAAAGAAUGAUGCUUUCAGGGAUGCAUACUGUCGCAGAUAUAUUUUGUUGUUGUUGCGGUCAAAUAAUUGGCUGGAAAUAUGAAUCUGCGCAUGAGAAGAGCCAAAAGUUCAAAGAGGGGAAGUUUGUUCUUGAAAGAGGAAGGAUAGUUGAUGAAAUUGAUUUCUCCGCUGAAUUCUGUGCUGAAGGCUGUGUCAGCAUGAGUGAUACUGAUGACGAUGAUGAUGAUGAUGAUGAUUGAGCAUGUUAAUAUCUUUUGUACUUGUUGGAUCAGGUCAUAGAACGCCGUGUUACGUGAAAAAUAUGGUAGAACCUUGAAAAUGUUCAAAAUCAAAACCAAUUUUUUUUUUUUUUUUUGCUAUUUAAUUUUAGUAUUAGAAGAUAAGAAAAAAGUAAAAAUUUCAAUGAUGUGUGUAACAGAAGGAGAUGGAACCGUUGUUUUGGACUCCCUUAGCUCUUUUCACACAGGGACAGAACAGUUAACAUGGAAAUAUUUAUGAUAUUUAUUUUCUUCUUUA